AAAGAAACGGAUUUUAGAAAUGACUGAAACUAGCACAGUAUCCAUCGCCAGUAGUGCAAUCGUCUGCGUCGAAGCGGAUAUAAAAGGAGAAGUUAUAAUUAAAGAAGGCUGCGUCGUCCAUCCAUUUGUAGUGUUCGACGCCACAAAAGGCCCAAUUUAUGUUGGAGAAAAUAAUAUUUUUGAAGAAUACGCAGUUAUUCGGAAUAACAGCGACGGUCAACCAAUGAUAAUCGGUGACUGGAACAUCUUUCAAGUCCACUCGAAAUCCAGUGCAAAAUACGUUGGAAGCCGGAAUGUGAUUGGUGUGCAUGCGGUGCUCGAAGACGGUUGCUCCGUUUCAGAUGACUGUAGCGUUGGAGCCAAGUGUACAGUGUUUUCCCAUCAAAAUCUGGAACCUUCUGUGUCUGUUUAUGCAGCCACGAAUUUGAGUAGAACGACGAAAACGCCGAAUAUGACAUCGCCCCACCAAAUUGAAUUCCUGCGUAAAAUCCUACCAUCAUAUCAUCAUUUGUACGGGAAGAAGAAGGCCGUCGCUACUGCUUCUGCUUCUGCUGCACAAUAACCUGCUUUUGGUUCAACCUAUCUCGCAUUUUAACUGCAAUUAUUUAUGUCGGAUAUUUUUUUGUCCCCUAUUUCUCACAAAAUAUAAAUAAAAUUCAUGAUUAUUUU